CAAAAUUUCUCCUGUUCAUAAGUUAUAGCCUCCCUUCAUAAAUUGUUUUCAAAAUGGCAUCCUAUGAGCAAUUUUAAAACAUAAACAAGCAGCUGAUGCUUGGUAAAAUCGUUCAUUAACACAUUUAUGAUUUUGUAUGGAUUCUAAAUGGAGAACAAUAUUGUCAAAGAUUUUGAAAACUUGAAGGUGUUUGUGAAGCGGAACUAUAUCAUGGAUGAGUUGGUGCAGGACCUAACAACAGCACUGGAAGAGACUGCUAAUGUGGGCAGACCUGGCACAUUACAGGCAGAAGGUGCCAACUCUAGUACAUAUCCUAGGAGAUGCAUGAAGAAGCGCAGAGGUCUACGGCGCCCUGCCUCGAGUAGUUAUUAUUGGAAAAGGGGCACCAUAAGUGAGGCCUCGGAAAGCAGUGUAGAUGAACACCCAAGAAGAGACUAUGCUGGAAAUGUCAUUCACAGUGACUCUGACGAUUUAGCCGCCUGCCACAGAAUUCCUAAAUUGACUGUACCUCUUGUGGAUCCUAUACCACCAGUGGAAUCUGAUUCGUUCACAGAGAAUUUCUCCCCCUUACGCCCUCAGAGGCGCAGGAGGAAAUACAAAACAAUGGCGGUAGAUUCUUCUCCGUUAACUGAUCAGUUUCCUUCAGAUGCAGACUCAGCCUCAGGAGACAAACAGUGUGGUAAAAGAAAAGAAGAGUUACCAUUAACUUGUGAAAAAUCCAUUUACCCAAGCUUUAGAAGCACACCGUCCUAUGUGUCUCAUGCUGUAACUGCUGGCAAACGAAAGCGAAGCAGUAAGAGCCGCAUAGACUACAGCUAUUGUAGCCGACCAGAGUUUCCGGCGCAGGGAAUGACUUCAAGCAUGGACAGAAUGGAGGUCGCUAGUGUUUCACAGGAGAGUUCCUUGAGUAGCAGUGAGUUUGACAGUGAUCUGAAUGUAAACAAUGAAGAUACUAGAGAAGCUGAUGAUGAGCAAAGUGAUUUCUUCCAUGAGCCAGGACCAGCUUGCGGUAUUCCAGACAUUGUUCCCUGGUGGGAAAAUGAAAGGGUAACAGAUGAACCUCUUCGCAUCGAUUCAGACUUUGAAAAAAUAUUAACUGGAACUUUUGCACAUUUACCCAAAUUCUCCAACUCUCAAAGCUUUAAGGCCAGAGUGGGCAAGCUUAUAUCAGGGACUGGCAGAGAGUUUCGAUUAGGCAGACGCAAACUCAAGGGCAAGAUGCCUCGCUAUACAGUUGGGAAAUUUUUACAAGACAGAGAACACUGGAACCGCAUGCAAAGUCACCAUGCCAACUCACAAGUACCAGGGUCUGCUGCCUGUAGCAACAUCAACAACAGUAACAGCCAUGGGGGAGAGUUUAAACGCAGGAGGCACGUGACAAGGAGUGCCGCCAGUAUUGACGGAAUGAAUGGACAGUGUUCUGAUUCUGUGCAAGAGUCUAGCUCUGGCCUGGCUCCAAAGGUGAGUCGUUCCACAGGCAGUGGGAGCAUGAAGAGCCCUGUAACUGCUGUAAGGAAGAAUACUAGGAAGAACAGUGCCAACUACAGUGUGUCUGAUUCUUGAUGUCUCUGCUAUGGAUCUUUUUAACAAAACCACCAAACAUUACAUCAUUGAGUGCUGUGAAUGUUUUCUUUUAUACUGUUGCGAGGGAAAGUUUUUUUGUUUUUUUUAGUUCAUUGGAUGUGCUUUCCUUAACAGUUUGUGAUAUAUUAUUUGAGUUAGAGCCUAAAGCAAUUUUAACGACAACUUUUUGGUUUUAAUAAUGUUUUCUUUUUUCAUUGAGAAUACGUUCAAGACAUUUUUUUCUCUCUCCAUUUUUUAAAGUUUAAAAAUAUGUUGAAGGUUACAGGACUGAAAAGUCGAGUCUUUUAACAAUUUUAUUUUAAUUGUAACAUUUUUAACUUUAAAGUUAAUUAAAUAAAAAUUAUAGAUGUUAAACUAAUUUGUUGAUGAAUUUUAAAAUAUUUUGAUCAACUCUAUGAAUGGCAAAAAUAGGCAUUCUAAGUGUGAUUAUUUAAAGAAUAAAAAACUUUUGAAAGGCGAUAUUUAUACUUUGACACUUUUGUUUGGCUCUGAAGUAAAAAAAACAACAACCAACAAAAUAAAUGUUUUAAUUGAUUCACACAGUGACAUUGAUAGAAAUUCUCUACAUUUGUCAUCCACUCCAGCAUUGGCAUCAUUAUCUUGUGUCAAGUGCAGACAUGCCUACUGCCCCACAUUAUGUGGAACUGUCCUGCAAAAUCAUCAAAUAAGCUCACAUGUUCCCCCUUUUUGCAUUGAUAAAUUUUUGUUUUGCCAAAUCUAAAUUCUGACAAAAAAAAUUGCAGUUAUUUUCAUUAUUUAUUAAUAUUAUUUUGGCUCCUUUUUGUCUCGGAAGGUAAUGGAUGCGCCUAGAUGAGUCACUGGUUUUGGUUUCAUCUUGAGAUGGGGCAGAAUCUGGUGUGGCUAAUCAAGCCAAUUCUAGAGCGGCAGACUUUGCCACAAUUCGUGCAUGUAUAUGCAUCUGAUUUAGGGCUAGCGGACUGGGCAGCUUUCUUUUUUUUUCCUCUUGAUUAAGACUGCUUCCAUUCUUUUGCUGUCAGCGAGGAUCAUCCCAGCACGCACAGUCUGUCUCCAUGCACUCCAGACGUUGGCUAUUUCUUCCCACAUACUUUCGUUGAUUUCUGUGGCUCUCAUGUCUUGCUUGCAGACAUCUCUAUAGGUUAGUCUUGGGCGGCCCUUGGGUCUGACUCCCUCCACAAGCUCAGCAUAUAAGGUGCCAUUGAGAUAUAAAUGACACAAAAAGAAUUUUGAAAAUCGGAUAAUGGGUUCAAAAUUUUUUAGUUAAUUUGUCGGAUCUUCUUUGUCUUUGUAUUUUAAGAAAUUUUUGUCCCACUUUUGCAUGUCUUGUGAAUAAUGUUUAAAACUUUUCAACUUCUAAACAUAGAUAAAGUAUACAUACAUACAUUAAAAAAUAAUUAGGUCACCAGAUUUCAAAUCUUGCAGAAGUGCCAGAUUUCACCUGGCAAGUCAACAUGCUUGCUAUGAAAUUCAGUUCUGAUUGUAUUCUGGGAGGUUAUGGGAAUUCCUUCUACUUCACCUCUCCACCAGCAGGUGGUGUUGUCUUGAAUAGUCUGGUGUUCAACUAUUUUUCCAUCUAGAAGAGAAAGAUCUGUGAUACAUAUGGGCAGCUUGUCCCUCUGUUGUGCUACUCCUCUUUUUUCUCUUUCAGCAAAAAGGCCUUAAAAAAUCUGAGCACGCUUUUCAGCCAUAGCUAUUCUUUGAUCGUGGGGGCUUUUGUUCUUCAAUGCAGCGCCACUUGGCUUUGUGUUCUCCACAUGAGAAACAAAUACAAUUUUUAUCCGAUUACUUUCUAGUUGUUCCAGACACUUUGGUUACUUACUGGUGGAUUUAGUGAAUAGGUCUUUUGGAGCUUGAAUGCCUAUCACAUGAUUGAUUUGUGCUAUUAUAGCAUUUCUGUAGUUUUCUUUGGAUUAAUCAUUCUACAGCAACCAAAUCUCUGGUAAACUGUUGGGCAUUCUUUUGAUCUUUGUAUUAUCUUCCUGUUUCUGCUGUUUCUCUUUCAACUUCUCUUUUUGGGAACAAGGCGUAUUUUUCCAUCAUUAUUGGCUAUUCUUAAUGAAGACAGUUUCUGCUUGAUGUCUGCUAGCACAGACUCCUGUUUCUUGGUAGGAAGGGACAGAAACCAUGUCAUUGGCUUAUUGUUUAUCCAUUGAAUUAUGGUUUCCAUGGUCGUAGGGUUAGCAGAUGGUAUUAUAGCAUUUCUGUAGUUUUCUUUGGAUCAAUCAUUUUUUUUGUCCUCUAAGCUCCAUAGACCUUCUACAGCAACCAAAUCUCUGGUAAACUGUCGCUCAUUCUUUUGAGCUUUGUAUAAUCUUCCUGUUUCUGCUGUUUCUCUUUCAACUUCUCUUUUUGGGAACAAGGCAUAUUUUUCCAUCAUUAAUGACCAUUCUUAAUGAAGGCAGUUUUAGCUUGAUAUCUGCUAGCACAGACUCUAGUUUCUUGGUAGGAAGGGACAGAAACCAUGUCAUUGGCUUAUUGUUUAUCCAUUGAAUUAUGGUUUCCAUGGUCGUAAGGUUAGCAGAUGGUUUGGUCCUCAGGUAGUCAAGAAGGGCAAAGUCCCUUUCAUUUGUUGUUGGGCAAUCAGCCCCAGCUUUGAGCACCUGAUUUGUAGGUUCCCAGUGAUGGCCACCAGGUAGUUUAUCUUAGGCCUGCCUUUCUAGUGUAAUCAGCAUUUCUGUGCUGAUUAGCUCCAGUGCCAUUAUCGUCAAGCUAUCCAAGUGUUCAUCAUUUGUAGGUUCAAAAAGAAUGUUAUAAAUAACAUCUUUUGUUAUAAAUGUUUACUGUCAAACAUGAGAGCUUGUUGAAAAGGUUCUCUACCAUCUCUUGACUACCGGUCUAGGGCAACCUUCAUCUGGAGUAUAUGGUGGUUAAGUUCUUAUAUAUCUUCCUUCUCCAGAAGUUGCCAAAAUGGUCCUUUAUAUAAUAGAUCUAUUAUGCCCAUAGCCCUUCAGCCUCCAAGAAAAACCUGAAGUUGAAGAAGACAAAGAAGAAACCAUUUAAAGUAUAAAUAAAAAUUAACAAAGAGCAAGAAGAAAUUUAAAAAUGUACUCCUAUGCAUACCUUUUCUUUAAUGUCAGUGUAGACAGCUUGUAGCAAUCUAUUUUUAUCUUGCAGUUCAGCAAGGAAAGCUUCUAUGUUAGCAUGGUGGUAAUACACCGCAGCACAAUCAUUAAAGGCUAUGUUGAUUCUGUGGCAAUAAAUGACUUUUAAUGACUUUGUUUGCAAGGAAAGCUUCUAUGUCAGCAUGGUGGUAAUACACCGCAGCACAAUCAUGAAAGGCGAUGUUGAUUCUGUGGCCAUAAAUGUCUUUUAAUGACUUUGUUUAAGUAUGUCUUCCAUAAAGCUCCACCUCCUGCUUUGUCACUACCGCUUUCUGUGAGUGCUUUACAGCAGCUGUUCUCGCCAGCCUGAAACAGCCACUUGCUUCUCUCUGCAUUAGAGCAGGCGUCUUUCCUUCCACUACUGCAUCUUCAAACAGCUGAACCAAAGUUUGCAAGGAGGUGCAUGAGGCACGCAAACUUAGCUGUGUAAAGAAGGGCUUCCCUUUCUUCUGGGGAUAAUUUUCCUACAAUUGCAUGCAUUAAGUUUUCCCUCAGCUUGUCAAUCAUGGCAAUAAAGGGGUCAUUAGCUGCACAUGUAUCAAUGAUGUAGCCCUGAAAAAAAAAUAAAUAUAUUUACCAUUCAUAUUGGCCGCCAAUAGAACCAAUAGAACCAUAGAACAACUAUGGUUCAUUUGGAACCCUUUUUAUAUGGCUGUGGAGCCCUAUUUUGGAGAGACACUCCCGUCCACAUAUAUUGCAGGUCAAGGUGGCUUUCACUUUGGUGGUAGAGGAGCUGGCUAUUUUUUGUAUGGCACGCUUUUCUUCAAGAUCUGAGGCCCAUGUUUUCUCGCUGUCCAUAGCUUUCUUGGUCACCAACUCUCUCCAAUUGUGCAGUCUAGGGCUAUGUCUUCGCAAUGGUCAGUAUCAGUGAACAUAAUACAUUGAUACUUACCAUUCAUAUAGUUAUGUAAAAUAAUAAAACUAUAAAGGCAUUUGAUUCAAAUAGAUGUUAACUAUCUUAAUGGAAGUGAUUAUCUUGGCAUGGUUGAUAUCCCUUAAAUUUGGAGAUGACAUAGAAUCUGCCAGGUCAGAAACCACCCCUUGAAAGGUUUGAAAAUAAGCUUCAGCAUCACGUCUGGCUGCUUCUGCAAGACCUAUAGAAAGUGGGACCUCUUGUGAACUAGUUACCUGAAAUAUUUUUAAAACAAUGUUUAAAUUAAAAAGGAACACACAUUUUAAUUAGACUAGUUUUAAGUACUUAUGUUUGGAAAAAAAAUUGCUGAAAUAGUAAAACAAUUUACCUGAAAAACUUUCUAAACGUCUAUGAAAUUUUGUUGUGGCAUCCUGAUGCAAGACAGUUUCUGUCUCAGUUGUAGCUGGGAUUUCCAUUAACUUUGCAGCAAUAUGAUGAGAAGCAAGUGCUUUUGCUUCAAGCAUCCAAUUAUGCAGUUGGCCACUUGAAGGCAGGCGAGUUGGCUCAAGACCCACAUCUUGGGUACAUUUAUAUAUAUAUACAUAUAUACCCCGAACUGUGAAAUCAACUGCAUGCAACAAAGUCUUACAAAGUCGCAGUACUUCCCAUCAACAGAUUUUUCCAACAGGCUCUUCUGGGAAAGGUCAAUUGUGUGGUAAAAAAAAGUUUCAGACCUUGUGAUCUAUGGAGCAGAUGAUGUAAAGGUCAUCUGUUUCUGUGGCCCACUGUUAACAAGGGUGUCAUGUGGCCAGCACAAUAACCAACUGCCUUUUACUUAUACCUAACUAAUGUCAGGUACCCACCCUGGGUGGACACAGAAGCACCCUAAAAUCCAGAAAUUCAAAAUCCCAUUCUUCAACAGGAAUGGAACCCGGAACCCUCGGUUCAGAAUCCAAGUGCUUUACAACUCAGCCACUGUGUAAUGAGAUUCUUUAUCUUUUGCUGCUAUUGCAUUUUUUUUAGCUCAGUUAUUAAAAUAUUUUUUGUACUAAGCUGGUUUGUCUCCCACAUACCUCCUCAACCCAAUCUGUCCCAGAAAAUAAAGUAGAUCUAGAUCUAGUAGUAGUCAUAGUAGCAUUAGAAUACCUAAAGAUUAGUUCUUCAGAUUUAUAAUAGAUUCUAUAAUUUCUAGAAUAUUCUAGAUUCAGAAUCAUGUAACUGUUUUAGUAAGUCUAGAUCUAUCUCUGCAAUAUAGAUCUUAGAUCUAGAUUUUGAUAUUUAAUGACAAUUAGUAUUAGACUCAAUAUGUAUGUCUUUUUUUAACCAUUAGAUCUAUAGUCUAGUUAAGGCGAUAGAUAUAGCUAUUGAUUUCAAGCAAAGGAUUUAAUUGAUUGAAAAUUUAAGACCGCAGGUUUUCUUUAUUUUAAUUCUAUUAUUUAUAUUUAAGGUAAAUGAAACAAACUAGCAUUCAUAUUAAAGUUAGAGGUUAAGUACGCUUGAACUUGGCCUGGCUUGGCUACCUAUGAAGGGAGUUCGAGGCUAAACACCUGACUCGAGCAGUGUUGUGUUUACUGAGCGCCUAAAGGCAGCACGGGAAACCUUCUCCCAAAUAUCCCCUCCCCCCAAUUGGUCCACAAAUGAGAUUGGACCAUAGCUUUCUGAGCAUGCUAUAAGCAUGAAUGUAUAUAUAAAAGCUAUAAUUAUCAUUAUUAUUAUUGCGCGCAAUAUGGAUACCAAACUUAAACACGUUUAUGUUCCACAUUGGGGCCCAAAGUUCCACAUUUUCAACCUGAGUGUUCCACAUUCUGGGUCUUGGGGUAGGCAUGUCUGCAAGUGUAUUUCAUCUGGAGUUUUGCUUUAUUUGCUGUUUUUUUUAAGCAUCUACAUAUUGAGAUCAACUUUUUUUUUUUAAGUAUUAUUUUUUUUCUUUAUACCUGCAAAUGAAUUUGUAGAUCAUAUAUCUUAGUCGAGAAUGGAUAUUUGUUGGCAAUAGAUAUUAGCAAAGGAUGGUAUUUGAUGAGGAUAGAUGUUGGCAGAAGAUGUGUAUUUGUUGAUGACAGAUUUAAGGAGAUGACAUGUAUUGAUGAUAGUUGUUGGCAGAAGAUGUGUAUUUCUUGAUGAUAGAUGUAAUGAGAGGAUGUGUAUUUGUUGAUGAUAGAUGGUACUGUUCUGGUUGUACAUUUUGAUACUCCAAAGACAGAGGAAUGAAUUAUUAGUUGUUGUGGAAUAGUUAUGUUCUCUCUUUGUGAGGGUCAGUGAAAAUUCAGCAACUUUUUUUUCUACACAUUUAUAAAGUAAUGGCUUCUGUAACAAGCAGACCUUGUCAUCAUAGUUUUAGAACCAAGGAUUAAUUUUUCUAAAUAAAUUUUUAGUAAUAUAAGAUUUUGGACUUUACAGUAUUAUUGCUUACACACAUACAUACUGUAUUAAAAAAGUUUUAUGAUUAAUUUAUAAAUCAUUAUCUUUUUUUUAUAAUUAGGUGUCUGUUAUAGUUUUAAAUUUUAUCUUCUGUCAAUAUUGUACAUAUCAUUUUCAAUCUGAAAUAAUAAUUUGUUUUGUUUUCUUUAUUUAAAAAAAAAUGAAAUGAAGUCAAUCUGAAAGAAAAAAAAUGUUUCGCUAUAUGGAGGAUCCCGUUCAUAGAUGGAAAAGUCUUGGGAUAACACUGCUGCUUAUUUAUUAUUCAUGCUCAUUUUUACCACACUGAAACAGAUAAAACCAUUCAAUAUAAUUCUUCCGCAUUUUUUUUUUGGCUAUCUGUAUUUUGAUUCAUUUAUUGUAUCAAGUUGGACAGACAGCCCAUGACCUUGUACUCCAGUGAUUUAAGUUUUAUUUUAGGUUCAUGCUAAUUACAUUUCAAUGAAAACAAAACAUUUCUUGAAAUCCCAGUCUUGAAGUCGGUGGUCAGACUGGUAGGUUGUGUAUUUUUUCUACUUAUUGUACAGAUCUGUGCCUGACAUUUGGCAUUGAGUGAAAUGUGUUAAUUACUUGCGUUGCAAUGUAUUUCUAGUCACACUGUUUCACUAUCUCACAGAUUGCAAUGCUCUGCUUAUUUAACUUAUUGCCUUAAUUGUGUACUGAAUGUCAAUGCAUGGAUCCAUAGUAUUGAAUUACACUUUGGUGUUGUCUACUACUCUAUGCAUCAGUGCUGAUAACUUGUAAUCACAUGGCUUCAAGGUUGUUGUCUCUGUGUCCCUGUGGCUAGAAAGUUUCUCUUGAGAAAGGGAAAAAAAAAAUCCAGCUUUGAUCAUUUAAUUAAAACUGGAAAUACACUGAAAGGAAUUGAACCAAAUAUACCAUUAUUCUAUAGCUAAUGCUUUAGUACUUGACCAUCACAUCAGUGAAAAAAAAAAGGGGGGGGGUGAUACUUCACCCUUUAGGUGAUAGGAUGGUGUACCUACAACUUUCCCUUUGUUAGACUAUUUUGGCACUACACAAGAUCUGUCAACCAUUAUUUAUCUUCACACAAUUUCCUAAAAACAAAAUGUCUAUGUAUUAUAUACUUCUGAAUCAAGUAAUGUGUAAUACAGUUAAAUGAUGCCAACAUUGCAAUUUUUUUGUUUUUAAUUUGGUGAAAGGCUAUUGUUUUAUCAAAUAAAUUUCUAUGUCCAUCAGA